CUCCAUUUCAUCUCCAUUUCAUCUGCAUCUCCUCUUCAACUCCCACAUUCCCAAUUUCUCUGUUCGACACCAAGAUGCGACCUCACGAACCUUAUUCUGAGAACAAUUCCGAUGUGGAGAGCGUCGGCAGCGUCAGAAGGGGUGACCGGAGACCCUUCAGCGGCCCAAUUUCUUCCACCUCUAAGCCAAGGAAGAAUGCCAAAUUUGACCUCUCUUCUUCUUCUUCUUCUUCCUCCCCCAAGGCUGCCGAUGCCGAUGACACCUAUGUUGAAAUUACCCUUGAUAUACGCGAUGAUUCUGUCGCCGUCCAUAGCGUUCACACUGCCGGCGCCGACCACGAUCCCAACACUCUCGAUGACCCAGAACUUUCCCUCCUCGCCAAAAGAACUCUCGAGAAGCAAUCUUCCUCCUUCCGGGCCUCUGUUCUUCGCUCCACUUCUUCCCGUUUUAAACAGGUCUCUCAGGAGCUCAAACGCUUCACCUCCCUCAACCGCCGGACCUCCACUCGCCGGUUGGACCGGACCAAGUCGGCAGCCACCCACGCUCUCAAGGGGCUCAAGUUCAUUGCUGCCAAGACUGGCGGUGGCAAAACCUCCCCCAGUUGGGCUCCAGUUGAGAAGAAGUUCGAUGAACUCACCGCCUCCACCAAUGGACUCCUCCCCUCCUCCUUGUUUGGGGAGUGUAUUGGAAUGAACAAAGAUUCGAAAGAAUUCGCCGGUGAGCUUUUCCGUGCACUUGCUCGGAGGCACAACAUUACCGAUGAUGCUAUCAACAAAUCUCAGCUCAGAGAGUUCUGGGAUCAGAUCUCCGAUGACAGCUUCGAUUCCAGGCUUCAAACAUUCUUUGACAUGGUGGAUUCGGACGCAGAUGGAAGAAUCACAGAAGAAGAAGUCGAAGAGAUUAUUAGCAUGAGUGCUUCUGCGAACAAACUGUCCACAAUUCAAAAACAAGCGAAAGAGUACGCAGCCUUGAUCAUGGAAGAAUUGGACCCUGGAAAUGCAGGGUACAUCAUGAUUCACAAUUUGGAAACUCUGUUAUUACAAGCUCCGAAUCAAUCGGUGAGGGUGAGCGACAGCCGAGUUCUAAGUCAGUUACUGAGCCAAAAACUGAAGCCGACAAACGAAAGCAACCCAAUCAUAAGGACAUAUGACAAAUUCCAGUACUUCGUGGAGGACAAUUGGCAGAGGAUUUGGGUGAUCAUGCUCUGGCUCGGCAUCUGCGCCGGUCUCUUCGCUUACAAAUUCAUCCAAUACCGCCACCGUGCCGUGUUCAAGGUCAUGGGUUACUGCGUUUGUAUAGCCAAAGGAGGAGCCGAAACUCUCAAGUUCAACAUGGCGCUCAUUUUGCUCCCUGUUUGCCGUAACACCAUCACUUGGCUUCGCAACAAAACCAAAUUAGGCGUCAUCGUCCCCUUCGACGACAAUCUCAAUUUCCACAAGGUUAUAGCGGUGGGAAUUUCAGUGGGAGUGGGGUUGCACGCACUCGCCCAUUUAACGUGCGAUUUCCCCCGGCUUCUCGACGCAACGGAUGAACAAUACAAGCCAAUGGAGCCCUUUUUUGGAAAGGAGCAGCCGGAUAACUAUUGGUGGUUUUUGAAGGGAGUGGAGGGAAUUACAGGGAUUAUAAUGGUAAUACUAAUGGCCAUUGCUUUCACAUUGGCCACUCCAUGGUUUAGACGAAACAAGCUCAAUGUACCUGAAUCCCUCAAAAAGCUCACUGGUUUCAACGCCUUUUGGUACUCCCACCACCUCUUCGUCAUCGUCUACGCCCUCCUCGUCGUCCACGGCAUCUUCCUCUACCUCACCAAGGAAUGGUACAAGCAAACGACAUGGAUGUAUUUGGCCGUUCCAGUCGUCCUUUACGGGUGUGAAAGGUUGAUAAGAGCAUUCAGAUCGGGUAUCAAACCAGUGAAAAUCCUUAAGGUGGCUGUUUAUCCUGGAAACGUUCUGGCACUGCACAUGUCAAAGCCACAUGGGUUCAAAUACAAGAGUGGGCAGUACAUGUUUGUGAACUGCCGAGACGUAUCUCCCUUCGAGUGGCAUCCAUUUUCAAUUACCUCUGCUCCAGAGGAUGACUAUUUGAGUGUUCAUAUUCGGACACUGGGUGAUUGGACAAGGCAGCUCAAGACUGUUUUCUCAGAGGUUUGUCAGCCUCCUCAAGCUGGAAAGAGUGGACUUCUCAGAGCUGAGUUCAUGCAAGGGGGAGCUCAGAAUCCCAAGUUCCCAAAAAUAUUGAUCGACGGUCCAUAUGGGGCACCAGCACAAGACUACAAGAAAUACGACGUUGUUUUGCUAGUGGGGCUAGGAAUCGGGGCGACGCCGAUGGUGAGUAUAGUGAAGGACAUAAUCGAUAACAUGGAGGAGAAAGAAGCCAACGCCAACGCGAUGGAGAAUGGGCAAGGGGGGCAUAGCAGCCGAGGGGGUAGCAAGCAUGGAAAAGGCUUCCGAACCCGAAAGGCAUACUUUUAUUGGGUGACGCGAGAGCAAGGGUCAUUCGAAUGGUUCAAAGGGAUAAUGAACGAGGUAGCGGAAAUGGACGAGAGGGGAGUGAUCGAGCUGCACAACUACUGCACGAGCGUGUACGAAGAAGGGGACGCUCGAUCCGCGCUGAUAGCAAUGCUUCAGUCGUUGCAGCACGCUAAGAGUGGGGUGGAUGUGGUGUCUGGGACUCGAGUGAAGUCCCAUUUUGCGAAGCCUAAUUGGCGUCAAGUCUUCAAAAAGAUCACUCUUCACCAUCCGGACACGCGCGUUGGGGUGUUCUAUUGUGGGGCGCCCGCACUCACCAAGGAGCUCAGCCAAUUGGCUUCCGAUUUCUCUCGCAAAACAUCCACUAAGUUCGAGUUCCAUAAAGAGAACUUCUAAUUACAUUCCAUUAAUUGUUCCAUUGAAGUGGAGGAAGGUCUCAAUGAGUUUGGUGGUGGGUGACCCAUACAGCACUAAUCCCACCCCACCCUCCAUAUAGUCUAUAGGGAAGGGUACCACCACCAUAGCGCCCAUUCAUGACAUACCCAUUAGCGCAGCCGCUUCGUCUACCCACAUUCUUUAACCUGUAUCUUUCAUCUGUGUUUUCUCUUCAUUUUUGUUUCAUGACGUAGCUUCAUUUUUAGGGUAAAUAUGUAAUUUCGAUCC